AUGAGUGGAAUACUGUCCAUAAGAAUGUUUAUGCAUAUAAGGAGAGGCACAGAUCUUGGGCCCGAUUACAAAGGUGAAGGAUAUGAAGGGGUAUCAUGGUUAUUGGAAUUGAGUUACGAUAACUUACCAUAUUACUUAAAACUAUGUUUUCUCUACUUAGCCCAUUUUCCGGAAGAUUAUGAAAUACCAGUGGGUACACUGACUAAACUAUGGAUGGCAGAAGGUUUUAUAUCAUCAGCAUUAGCGGAAGUAAUGGAAGAUGUAUCAUAUAUGUGCUUAAGUGAGUUGGUGGGCAGGUGUAUGGUUCAAGUUGGAAAACAUGGUUCAAGAAAGAAAAUCAAGACUUGUCAUCUCCAUGAUCUUAUGCGAGACUUAUGCAUGUUAAAGGCAAAAGAAGGGAACUUUCUCCAUAUUAUCAAUUAUUCUGCAACUGUGGAGACCAAUGAAACACCAAACGGUAGAGUUCGAAGACUUGCCAUCUAUUUGGACAAAACGGUUGAUACAUAUGGUCCAGAGAAAGAUGAAAAUUAUGGACAUAUUAGGUCUUUGUUAUACUUUGUCCCAGAAUACUACUUCAUGAACUCAAAUGCAUUAUGGUCACUAUUCAAGUACUUCACAUUAUUUGGAGUUCUGAAGUUUGAAGGUCUGAGUGUUAGGUCUCUAUUCAAGAACUUCACAUUACUUAGAGUUCUGAAGUUUGAAGGUAUGAGUGUUGGAAAGCACAAAUUACCAGGUGAAAUUGGGAAUCUAGUGCACUUAAGGUUUUUAAGUGUGAAGGAUAGUGAUAUUCGAGCGAUACCAUCAUCUAUAGCAACUAUGGUAUGUUUGCAGACUCUAGAUUUACGUACCAUGUGGGGGACUGAAGUUCCAAAUGGAAACGUGUUUUCCAAGAUGGAAAAAUUGAGACAUAUAUAUUUACCCAAAUAUCACAGUGCAGGACGUCUGUUAUUUGCUACUGAGGCAGUGACUUUGCACACGGUUGUCAAUAUUUAUAUUCAGGCAUCUGAUCUAGAUGAUUUUGUUAAACUAACCAACCUUAGAAAAUUGGGAGUUAUCACAUUUGACGGAGGGGAAAAAAAGGAGAAAGGGACAAACAUCAUAUUUAAGCACCUCCAAUCUCUAUCGGUGGACUCCACAUUGUUAUCUGGUGGAUGGUUCUCUGGUACGUCCACGUUUUUACCAAUACCAUGGAACAUAGUAUUAAGCUGUCCUAAUAUAUACAAGCUACGACUACGCGGAGAAAUCUCUGAGUUACCAGAAGCCCUCAUGUGCCUUACGAACCUCACCAAGCUUACACUGAGAGAAUUUGGUAAUCUCAAGGACGACCACAUAAAAGUAUUUGAGAAGUUGCCAAGCUUGAGAAUGCUUUUUGCUAGUUGCGGGAAUUUUCCGGAAUUUCUUGUUUGCUCCAAGGGAGGCUUUCCAUUUCUUGAAUUUCUUUCUCUUCAUUUGGUGGAGUUAAAAGAAUGGAAGGUGGAGAAAGGAGCCAUGCCUAGUCUCUGCAGAUUGCAUAUUGAUCAUUGCUUAGUUUUGGAGGCAGUUCCUGAUGGGCUCCAAUAUAUUACUUCCCUCAAGGAAUUAACCAUCAAAUCGAUGCUUCCUGAAUUCUGUAGCCGGCUUCGAGAAGGAGGAGAAGAUUUUUACAAAAUCCAACAUGUGCAGUCUGUUAUAAUUUCAUAUGAUUAA